UAAUUUAUUAGAAUCUGAUUUUCUCUAUAUGUAUCACUUACUUCCCCUUUAUCCCAACUUCCCCAGUCCAAAAACUACAAGCCUUUAUUAACACACACAAAAAAUUAAGCGUCUAUUAUGUGUUAAUGUUAAUUCCCCAAAAUAUUUAUCGUAUCAUAUCACCGUUUCCUUGAGACAGUAAGCGCAGUGUGCCGACCUUGUCUUCCAUUAACCGGCGACGCUAACGUGCGCAGCUUCCUCUUUUCUUCACUUUCUUUCUAGAAGAUUCCAUUGAGGUCCGAUCUUUUCUCAAAAAAAGAAACCCUAGUUUUCUGGUAAUUUCAUACUAAUUUCAUCUCAAUUUUGAGCUGUUCUUAGUUAAAUUGAAUGUUUUUUUUUUAGUUACUGAAAAAAACUGAUUACAUUGGCUUUGAUUUGAAUAUGAAUGUUGUUAUUGUGUUUAUGAAAUUGGGUUUUGUUUUGUUGAUUCAGUGUUGUGGAAAGGUUGUAUGUUGAAUGUGAGAAGGAAUUUUGGAUUUGGCUAGGGUUAGGGUUUACAUUUUGAAGGAAGUGUAAGUAUAUUUGAUUGAUGCCCUAAGUUACCUUUAUCUCACAAAAAAAGAAAAAAGAAAGUAUUUUGAUUGAUGCCCUAAGGGUAAGGGUUUUGUAAGAUAUGGGGGAGGAAGAGAAUGUUAAAUUGGGUUUAGAGAGAGUACAUAAGAAGCGAGUCGAGAUGAAGUUUGAUUCAGGUGAUGAUGAGCCUAUCGGGUCUUUAUUGAAGCUAAAAAGCAAAAAGAACUCGAAAAAAGUUAAGGUGCAAUUAGCUGGUAGUAUGGCUGUGGUUCAUAAGGAUGAAGAUUUGGUUGGUAUGGAUGAUACCUUAGCUAGUUUUAAGAAGAAGUUGAAGGUUCCUAAGAAGGAUAGUGGAUCUGUGUUGACUAUUGGGAAAAGUUCGAGUAGGAGUUCUACUAAGUUAAUGGUGAAAUCUCCAGAUGGGUCAGCGAAGGCAGCGGGAAAGAUUGUGGAAAUGGGUCAGUCGGAUGUUGAAUGUCUAUCUGAAGGGAUAAUCGAUAAAGGUUUUGAGAAAGGGAAUAAGAGAAAAGGUAAGAGACCAAAGGUUGCUUCGGAGCUGAAGAAAUCGGAGAUAUCUGGGGAUAUGUCCUUGCGAUAUGAUAAAGAGAGUGGAAAAAGCUCGCCUGAUAGCAUGGAUGGUAUUCUAGAAGAUUCACUAUCAGCUUUUCUGAAGAAAACGCAAUCUGGUUUUACUAAGAAAUCCCUCAGUUCUUUGAAAAGAGGGAAGGGAGGUGAAGUUUUAUGUGAUGUUUUGAACUCUACCCUUACUGCAACAGAAACCUUUCCUUCCAUAUCCUCAAGUACAUGCCGGAAAUUGGUUGAGGAAAUUCCAGAAUCCAAUGAGAAGGAACUCAUUCCGUUACACUCUGAUUCAAGGCGAGAGCUUUCUUCGUCUGCAUUGAACAAUGAUGCAUUGCUGAAAUCAAGCGUUGACAUAGAUGAUGCAUCUUCCAUAGAAGGAUCUCAAUUGAAUGUACCGGCAUGUUUCAAUAAGGUCGCAGGUGUCCUAGAUGGUGAGGUCAAUUGUCACAUUAAACUUAAUGAGGAGGAAACUGCUAGAGGAAAUAAUAUUGCGGAAAAUUGUAAGGAUCUUCAUGAUGAGGAUGUCUUGAAGAACUUUUCUAUUUGUUCUGAACAGUCUGCUCCCAAGGAUGGUUUUAGUGAUCAUUCAAUGGCAGCAGGUCGUGAUAUUUCGUUUGCAGCUACCAUUACUCCUGAGAAUAUUGAGAAGCUUGAGUUUGGGCAUCCUGUGUCAGAAGCCAAGUUCAAUGCUGAUAUGGAUGUGAACGAACUUGAUGAUAAAUCACAAGGAAGCAUCGGACAUGUGUUUAGUCAAACUCUGAUGUCAUCCGCCUCCCUGUUGGAAGGCUCACCUGCAGCCAAGAAGAAGAUGGGCGUGGAAGGUUCUGGGUAUGCUCAAGUUCAUUUGACUCCUGAUUUUGUUGCAGCAGAGAAGUGUUCAAGUGACUUUAAUGGUCAGCAGCGAAUGUCUGGCGAUUCUGUUGAUGAGCAAGCUUGUGCUCCAGUUUCUUUGUCAAAGGAGGAUGGUCAAUUGUUUGAGGGUGGGUUAUCUCCAGUGUCUAUAGGAAGGAAUCAGCAAGUUAAAGUUGCCAACCAGAUGAAGCCCGAGGACCAAAUCAUGGAGAAUGGUGAUGACUUAUAUGAUUCUUCUAGACAAAUGACUAUUGAUAAUUCUGUUAGCUCGUUGCGCAAAUGCAGUUCUGUUUUCCAUCAGAGUCAACUGGCUGAUGAGAAAUGCGAAGGUGCACAUCAUCAAAGUCGUGACUUUGUUUCUGGCGAUGAUGAAGCUGAUGCCACAUCUUCUCCCUCAGUUACACCAGAAUAUGAUGAAAGCGUUGCUGAAGAGUCUGAGUCUAAGCUGGCCGCUGAAGGAAAAGAGCAGAGACUCUUUUCCGGUCAACGUGCUCCGCGUAAGGCCAAAAAGCGUAGGCAUGGGGACAUGGCCUACGAGGGGGAUGUGGAUUGGGACAUUCUGGUGCAUGGACAAGGUUAUCUUCUCGGUCAUCAGGAUGGAGAUGGUAGACAUUCCUCCAAAACAAGAGAGAAGCUUGAGUCGGCGUUGAUAGUUAUGGACAUUGAAAAUGGUGGGGUAGCAGCAGUAUCUGUUGGACUGAAAGCUCGUGAAGUUGGCCCAGUAGAAAGAAUCAAGUUUAAGGAGGUCCUGAAGCGCAGAGGUGGACUCCCGGAGUAUCUGGAAUGCAGGAAUCGAAUUUUGAGCCUUUGGAAUAAAGACAUCAGUCGCGUCUUGCCUCUUUCAGAAUGUGGAGUGUAUGAAACCCCUUUAGCCGACGAGUCACCUCGGGCUUCUUUAAUUAGGCAAAUCUAUUCAUUUCUUGAUCAAUGUGGCUAUAUAAACUUUGGAAUUGCUUCAGAAAAGGAUAAAGCUGAAAAUGGUGUCGAGCACAACUUGAAAAUUUUGAAGGAAGAAAAAAUUGUAGAGAAAUCUGGAGCUCCUGUUGCUGAUACAGACGAUGGAGUUUCUUUUAUUCUUGGGAGGUCAAAGAGUUCUGAGAUUAUCAUGCCGGAUAAGAAUGAUGUCUUAUCUGAUGAAGGGGAAAAGGCAGAAAAAUGUGGAACUGAUUGCCAGCUCAUUGAUAGGCCGGCCACAGAGUUAUCUACUCUAGCAGAACCUGAAGAAUGUCCUGUUGAUGAUUGCCGUGAAAAUGGUUAUCUUGAUAUUCAGUCACCGCGUCAACCGUUUGAUUUAGGGUUAGUUGCUCAAGUGCCUUCAAGUGAAGUUAAGGAUAGUGAAUUACAGAAUAUUGUUGAACCAGAUCUUUUGCCUCCCAUCAAUACAGAGAUUGAUGGUAGAACAGCCGAUAAACAUCUUGUGAUUUCAGAAGAUUCUUGUGGGUUCCCUCCUGAUUCAUUAGGGAGUCAGAGACUAAACACUUGCUGUGAUGUAAAAGGGAGAAGAGAAAUAGUUGUUGUUGGUGCUGGUCCUGCUGGCCUAACUGCAGCACGACACCUGAAGCGCCAAGGUUUCCAUGUUACCGUGCUCGAGGCCAGAAGUAGAAUAGGUGGUCGCGUUUUUACGGAUCGCUCGUCUCUCUCUGUCCCAGUGGACCUUGGUGCUAGCAUUAUUACUGGUAUUGAGGCAGAUGUGGCAACUGAAAGAAGACCAGAUCCUUCUUCAUUGAUUUGUGCGCAGUUGGGUCUUGAAUUGACUGUAUUGAACAGUGAUUGUCCCCUGUACGAUGUAGCUACUGGCCAGAAAGUACCAACAGAUCUGGAUGAAGCAUUGGAAGCAGAAUUCAAUAGCUUAUUGGAUGACAUGGUACUGUUGGUUGCUCAAAAAGGGGAGCAUGCGAUGCGGAUGUCCCUGGAGGAUGGUUUAGAAUAUGCCCUUAAGAAACGUCGCAAGGGCUGUCUUGCGAGAAAUCAUAUGGGUAAUGAACCACAAAAAUCAUCAGUGACAGCAGUGGAAUUCAUGACACUUCCUGAUGGUGUAGUUCCUCAAAAUCAUAAUUCCAAGGUAGAGAUCUUGAGCCCCCCUGAGAGGAGGGUAAUGGAUUGGCAUUUUGCCAACUUGGAGUAUGGUUGUGCUGCAUUGCUUAAAGAAGUCUCUCUUCCUUAUUGGAAUCAGGAUGAUGCAUACGGAGGUUUUGGUGGAGCUCAUUGUAUGAUUAAAGGCGGCUACAGCUCUGUUGUUGAAUCACUGGGUGAGGAACUUUGCGUUCACUUGAACCACAUUGUUACUGACAUUUCAUAUUGCAAAGAAGACAUUCCGACAAAAAAUGAUUUGUUUAACAAGGUAAAAGUUUCCACGUCAAAUGGACGAGAGUUUUCUGGAGAUGCAGUCCUUAUUACAGUUCCAUUAGGGUGUCUGAAGGCGGAAGCCAUUAAAUUUUCACCACCUUUACCCUACUGGAAAGAUUUAUCUAUCCAACGUCUUGGUUUUGGUGUUCUUAAUAAAGUUGUCUUGGAGUUUCCUGAAGUAUUUUGGGAUGAUUCUAUUGAUUACUUUGGUGCGACUGCAGAAGAAACAGACCAGAGGGGAAGAUGCUUUAUGUUCUGGAAUGUCAAGAAAACUGUUGGGGCACCUGUUCUUAUAGCGUUAGUUGUUGGAAAAGCUGCUAUAGAUGGCCAGGAAAUGAGCUCUUCUGACCACGUAAAGCAUUCAUUACUGGUUCUGCGCAAGCUUUAUGGUGAGAACAGGGUACCUGAUCCAGUUGCUUCCGUGGUCACCGACUGGGGAAAAGAUCCUUAUAGCUAUGGAGCUUACUCUUAUGUGGCUGUAGGGUCAUCCGGAGAAGAUUAUGACAUAUUGGGCAGGCCUGUGGAGAACUGUUUAUUUUUUGCGGGUGAAGCUACCUGCAAGGAGCACCCUGACACAGUUGGUGGUGCGAUGAUGAGUGGGUUACGAGAAGCGGUGCGCAUAAUUGAUAUAUUGACUACAGGUACUGAUUACACUGCAGAAGUAGAGGCGAUGGAGGAUGCAAAGAGGCAUUCGGAUGUUGAAAGGAGUGAAAUAAGGGACAUAAUGAAGAGACUUGAAGCAGUAGAGCUCUCAAGUGUAUUGUGCAAGAACUCUUUGGAUGGGGUGAAGAUCUUGACCCGGGAGAAUUUGUUAAGGGACAUGUUCUGCAAUGCCAAUACAACAGCAGGAAGAUUGCAUCUCGCAAAAGAAUUGUUGAAACUUCCGGUAGAGGUUUUGAGAUCUUUUGCUGGAACUAAAGAGGGGCUUAGCACGCUUAAUUUGUGGAUGCUGGACUCCUUGGGCAAGGAUGGGACCCAACUCUUGCGUCAUUGUGUUCGUCUCUUAGUACUUGUUUCAACUGAUCUGCUUGCAGUCCGACUGUCAGGCAUCGGGAAAACUGUUAAAGAGAGAUGUGUGCAUACAAGCCGUGACAUACGUGCUGUAGCAAGUCAGCUUGUCAAUGUGUGGGUAGAACUUUUUCGAAAGGAGAAGGCUUCUAAUGGUGGUCUGAAAUUACUAAGACAAUCCACUGCCACUGAUACUUCGAAGAGCAAACACACUGCAGCAUCUGGAAAACCGCCGAUUCGCAAUCCUCCUUCAGCAGUAGACAGUAAACGGGGUUCUAAAGUUUCCUCGUCGGCUGGAAAUCACUUAGCUUUUAGUGUCAACAACAAGAAGCUGAAUGUCAAGCCAGCCACGUUAGAAACUAUUCCAGAUGUUGAACCAUCAACCUCUCAAGCUUCAGUAGGAAGGCAAAAUGAUACCACUGAGGAAAGGCAAAAUUUCCCCAUGUCUGAGGAAGAAAAGGCUGCAUUUGCCGCUGCAGAAGCAGCUCGUGUUGCUGCUCUAGCAGCUGCUGAGGCUUAUGCUUCAUCUGGUGCUAAGUGUAACAUGCCACUGCAGCUUCCUAAGAUACCCUCAUUUCACAAAUUUGCUAGACGGGAACAAUAUGCAACUAUGGAUGAGUCUGACAUCAGACGGAAUUGGCCUGGUGGUGCAGUAGGAAGGCAAGAUUGCUUAUCUGAAAUAUAUUCUCGCAACUGCCGUGUGAGGGAUUGGUCUGUUGAUUUUUCUGCUGCUGGAGUGAACCUUGACAGUUCAAGAAUGUCUGUUGAUAAUCGGUCGCAGCGUAGCCUCUCAAAUGACAAUGCAUGUCAGUUUAACUUUAGGGAGCACUCUGGAGAAAGUGCACCUGUAGAUAGUAGUAUAUUCACCAAAGUGUGGGUUGAUAGUUCAAGUAGUGUAGGGAUAAAGGAUUACAAUGCCAUUGAAAUGUGGCAAUGUCAAGCAGCUGCUGCUAAUUCAGAUUUCUAUGAUCCAGUGAUGCAUGUCACUGACGAAGAGGAUUCAAACGUGAGUUCCAGCAUGCUUAUGAGAAAGCAUGAUGUGUUAGUGUGUGAGAGCUCUGCCUCACAAAUUACUGUAAAUAAAGAGAUGUUAGAUAGUCAACCAAGAGGAGCAGAAAGAAUUAAGCAGGCUGUUGUAGAUUAUGUUGCAUCUCUGCUGAUGCCUCUUUAUAAAGCAAGGAAACUCGACAAGGAUGGGUAUAAAUCCAUAAUGAAGAAAACUGCUACAAAGGUAAUGGAACAUGCCACGGAUGCUGAAAAGGCAAUGCUUGUGUACGAAUUUCUUGAUUUCAAACGUAAAAACAAGAUUAGAGAUUUCGUGGACACGUUGAUUGAAAGGCAUAUUCAGAUGAAGCCAGGUGCAAAAUCAUAAUGGACAAAGGAUGAGUAGUCAUCCUUAUUGAUGCUUUGCUACAGGUGAUUCAGCUGAUCAAUUUUUUAACGAGUGGGUACAACAUUCAUUGGCGAGUGAGGAAUGCCUUGUUCACUUAAAAAUUAUCCUUGCUGUGCUAGUUGUUGUCAACAGAGCUGCAGUCGAGAAAGACAAGACUUUUGUUGAGCAUAUUGUGGACUGUUUGUCAGAGACUGAUUAAUUGUCCUGAAAAUUUGGCACUUUUUGACAUUUCCGUUGCGGUGUGCCUGCAAGAAAAACAUUCUCAAGGUGGCAUAGUCGGGUGAGAGAUUAAUAUGUCUGCCAUGUGAAUGUUGUACUUGUACUCCUGCUGACAGACGUGAAUUCCUUCAGAGAUAACAAGAUUAGGUUUAGAAUUGGUAGGCAGAUUUGAAGUUGUAUUAUAUUGGGAAAAAGUAGCCCUUUUUUUCUUUCAGUUCAGGGUUCCCCUUUGAUGAACAAUCACUUCUGACUUUUCUAUAGUUUUGGUAUGUGUACAGCUCAGGAUUGUUAUCAUUGCAACAAAUAUACAGAACAUUUUGAGGGCGUCUUAUGCUUCCUUCAUUUUGAAAUAUUGAUUUCUCAGAAUAAGUAAAAACAAAACUCUCUUUCUA